CACGGUUUUGGGGCGUGGGCAAGACGCGCAGCGCAUACCCUUGGUAGAACACAUUGGCCAGCAGGAGCUGGCGCAUACUAGUGCUGGAAGCCGGGAACAAAUACAAAACCAGGGUCUGAACCCACCACCACCAGCUCACCACUCAAGUAGGGACCCUUCCAGCCGCCUCGUAGUUGGUGGUCGGCAGCUGUUGCGCACGAGCCCGCAAGACGACGACGACUUUUAUCAGGAGUUUCCAGAGGACGAGGGGGAAGAGGUCGAAAUCCAAGAAGAUACAAUCCAUUCGCAGGGAC